AUGAAAUUAUCCCUCGCCAUUUUUGCCGUCUCUGACGCUUGCUCGAACGAGCUUCUUUCCCAACAGUGCGAUAAUGACUGUAUUGCCAGUUAUCUCGACUGUCAGACAAAUUGUUUAAGCGAUGGUUGCAAUCUCCAGUGCGAAAACAACUACAAAUCUUGCUUCAAUAACUGCCCUUGCGGUGGCUUUUGCCCAAAAGGUUGCGAAAACUGCCCAAGCGAGUACUGCUACGAUCCUUUGAAGAAAACUGUUGUAGUCGGGCAGCGCUUUGACCAAACGGAUCUUACAGCAUCAUAUUUUGUUGGAGAAAACUCGCUUGAGCAAGUUGAUGCUUUUUCGCCAAAAAUCAACCAAAUUUACUUCGCUGGCAGCGUUUUUUUCAAAGGCGAACUUUGGAUUUUCGGCGGCUACCCAGACGGAAACAAAAUCUCGAUCCUUGGCGGAUGCAACUUCGAAGAGCAGCAAACGAGGCUGAAGUAUCUCUUCAGCACCGAGAGGCACGCGCUUACUCUUUUCGAGGAGAACGUCUGGCUCUGUUUUGGAAAUGCUCGACGUUGCGAGAUCUUCGACGGCGAAACGAGCGUCUUGGACGAUCAAAAUGUGAAUGUGGCGAGAGGUUACGACGUCGCCUUGGGCGUGUACGAUCAACAGUUGAUUGCGGUUGGUGGGUACGGCGUUUCGAGAGGAAAGGUCGAACUAAGGGAUGAACAGAAGUGGCGUCUGAUUGAAGAUCAUCCAGUGGACAUCGCUUACACAGAAGUGAUCUCCUUCAAAAGAGGAAUCCUCACUCUCGGCGGAACUAGCGCCAGGGUCGACGACAUGAACGAAGAUGGCUACGAAGUUGUCAAGGGAAUCUAUCGCCUCGAAGAUUACGUCUGGUCCCAAGUCGGAGAACUCCAGCAUGCAAAUAUGCUUGGAAAAGCAGCACUCAACGGAAACGAGUUGCUCUUCAUCCCUGGCUUGAAGCAGCCCUGGGUUGUUCAGAAAUUCCGAUGGAAUGAGGAAACAGAAUGGCUUGAUGAAAAUGGAAGUUAUGAGACUGGACAAGAAGGCUACACGACUUUCCCGCUUGUAUUUGACUCUAGAGCUGUUUCCUGUGAAUUGUUUUAA